AUGCCGCCGCCGCCCAAGUCCUGGAAGGACCGCUUCGGCGCGCUCGAGAAGAUGUACGAGAAGCACUUCAAAGGCGGUGAAUUCUGCAACAACUGCUCGAGCAUGUCUGACGUGUGGCCAGCUCCCAAGCCUCCCGCCGUUUCUCCCACCGCCGCGGCUCUCUUGUCUGUCCUCUUCACCGUCGUCUACGUGUUGCCCUUCUACCUGUCCUCUGCUACGCGCCCAUCCCCGCAGCUGACGCGCGAUGCGCCCUCUUCCAUCCGCGCGAGGAUCCGAGCCGUCACCUCCUCGAGUAUUCUUAGUGCAGGCUUGACUGUCUUCGUGCUGCAUCGAUCCGGCGAUCUCGCCGCCGCGGAUAUUCUCCGCCUCCUCGGCGUGUGGCCUGUUUCACCAGUCGACUCCGCCAAAACCAUACUGCUCGUAGCCAUCUUGUUUGCGGGGCCUCUGUUCGAAUAUGGAAUAGUAGACGGCCAGCUCAAAGACUGGGUGAGAGGCAGAGAUGUGAUUCAAACGCUCAGCAGCUGGAUUGGUUACAGGAAUUAUGUCGUGGGCCCUGUCAGCGAAGAGCUCAUCUGGCGCGCAUUGAUCAUCCCGCUCCACAUCCUCGCAGGCUUCUCCGCAAACAAGAUCAUCUUCCUCACCCCACUCUACUUUGGCAUUGCCCACGUCCACCACCUCUACGAGUUCCGUCUGACCCAUCCGCAAACCCCGCUGCUCCUUGCCGUGCUCCGCUCGCUCUUCCAAUUCACCUACACAUCGCUGUUUGGCUUCUUUGCCGCUUUCGUCUUCAUACGCACGGGCAAUGUGUACUCAGUCAUUCUCGCCCACACCUUCUGCAACUGGAUGGGUCUGCCGCGCUUAUACGGCAGGGUGGGCGUGCAGCCUGGUGAGCCGAUUGGGCCACCGGGUAAGAGCGACGAGCAAGCUCGCGGUGAGCAUGUCCACGGGCCGGCGUGGACUCUGGCAUACUACGUGCUUCUAGUUGUGGGCGCUGUGGGAUUCUACUGGCAGCUGUUUCCGCUGACGGAGAGCUCGCACGCCUUGCCUGGUGCUCCGAAGAAGGGAUAG